AUGACUUCUAGUUCAGGGGUGCCGGAUGGCACAACAGAUCUGCCAUUUAACUCGGAGCAGCUCGAAUUGGCAAGAGAUUUUCUUACUAGGCUUGAACAACAUGAAAAUCCCGAACUGUCGAUGCCAGAGGACACCGCACGGAUUCUCGCCGCUCGAGAAGAUGCCCCGUCCCCAGAUGCAUUCACAGUUGCAUUUAUUAUCUACCUAUUUGACUACUUGCUUCCAGAAGAAUCGCAAGAAGUUGACUUUGACGUUACUGGCGCCUUAAGGAACCUCAGCUCCUUUGGUUCUUGGGAGCAGGGGCAAAUCAAUGAGCUUUACAAAGCGCUAGAGAGCUUUUCCGACAUGUCGCCGCUUCUGUGCGCGUCAAAACAUGGUUACGAGCCCCUUGUAAAUCUACUGAUUGCCUCCAAAACAUUCGACCCCGGCAGCCAAGAUGACCAUGAACCUCUAUCCCUAGCCGCGCAGAACGGGCAUGAAGACAUCGUCAGGCUUUUCUUGGCCACGGAGGGCAUCGACCCUAAUGUCAGGAACUGGGAUGGCUAUACACCGCUUUCGUCAGCAGCUCAAUAUGGACAUGUGGCUGUGGUGACGCUUUUGCUCGCCACGCCUGGAGUUGACCCUAAUAUUCCCGAUUGGAAUGACAACACGGCGCUUACUUUUGCCGCGCAGUACGGACACGAACCGGUGGUGGAGCUAUUAAUCGCCGCAGAAGGAAUAAAUCUAGACCCAAGAAAUUCUUUGGGGGAGACACCACUAUCAUUGGCAGCAGGAAAUGGGUACUACGGAGGGCUUCGCCUUCUACUUGACACGGGGAACGUCAAUCCCAAUAAUAAGAACGCGCAGAAAGAAACGCCUCUCUCUUUAGCAGCGGAGCUUGGGCAUGAGGAAGUGGUGAAAUCACUCCUUUCUGAGACUAACAUUGAACCUGAUUCUAAGAAUGACAAAAAUGAGACACCACUCUCUUUUGCGGCACUUAACGGCCAUACAGGCGUCAUCGAUAUGUUGCUUGCAACUAAAAGGGUUGACCCUAACUUUCCAAACUCCGAUGGCAACACACCCCUCUUGCUAGCUGCAAAGAAUGGGUAUGGAGAAGCAGUUAAGCUCUUGCUGAACAUGGGGAAUUCGAAUCCCGACUCCCAAAAUAUCCAAGGAAGAACCUCACUUUCACUCGCUGCUGAAUUUGGUCAUGAGACUGUUGUUCAGAUUCUACUUGCUUCUUAUGGUCUUAAUCCUGAUACCCAGGACUAUGAUGAAAACACGCCUCUCUCUUGGGCGGCGCGAAAUGGGCACGAAUCAAUUGUCACGAUACUUCUUUCUAUUGACAGUGUGAAUCCUGAUUCUAAGAACUCUAACGGACGCUCGCCUCUUUGGUUGGCAGCAGAGAACGGACAUGAGGCGGUAGUCAAGUUACUCCUUGCCUCCAACAACGUCGACCCCAAUUUAACAAAUUCUCAAGGGGAGACCCCUCUCUGGUGGGCUGCACAUAAUGGUCAUGGUGCAAUAGUCAAGCUACUUCUCACUAGCAAGGAUAUCGACCCAAACCCCCGAGACUUGCAAGGAAGGACUCCACUAAUGUGGGAGGCCAAACAUGGGCAUGAAGACACGGUCGAGCUCCUACUCGCUAAUAACGCUGAUCCUGAUCCUAAAGACACUAAUGGUGACACACCUCUGCUUUAUGCCGGUCAAGAGGGACAGGAGACUGUGACUAAGCUCUUACUCGCCAACGACAACGUUUCCUUUGACUCGACAAAUAAUGACGGAUACACACCACUGUGGUGGGCGGCAUUCCAUGGUCAUGUUGGCAUUGUCGAAGCACUUUUUAGUAUGGGUGCUAACGUCGAGUCUCGAACCGCUACUGGAGAGACACCCAUAUUUGCUGCGGCACGCAAUGGACAUGAAGCAGUGGUCAAUAUGCUUGUGGCUGCUGGCGCAGACCCCGACCCUAAAAAUUCUCAGGGGGAGACACCGCUAUGGUUGUCAGCUCGGUUUGAUCGCGGAUUGGUUAUUCUAGAGCUAUUAAAACAUGAUGGCGUCGACCCUAAUAUCCAAGAUUCUAGAGGUGAAACCCCACUCUGGUGGGCAGCAAGAAAUGGACAGGAGGCAGCUGUCAAGCUAUUACUUUCUCUGGGCGCUAAUGCAAAUUCUGAGAACUCGGACGGCCAAACACCCCUUGCAUGCGCUGCGGAAAACGGGCAUGAGGCUGUGGUUAGACUCCUGCUCGCUGCGGGUGCCAAGCCUGAUUCUAAAAAUUGUGAAGACGACACGCCACUGUUGAUGGCUCAGCGGAAUGGACAUGAGGCAGUAGUCACACUUCUCACGGCAGGAGAUUGA